AUGAUGCGUAUUGCGGUCGCGCUGCUGGCCGUUCUGGCCAUAGGCCAGGCUGAGGCCAGGCUGUCAAAUGCAUACUGGAACACUCACGGUCAGGGUGUUGUCCAGAACGGCACACAGUCCGGCAAGGUGGCCACGUGGCUCAAGGGCGACACGCCCCUGGACGUGUACAUCGCCGAGCCCGCCAACGCCAAGCCCAUCGCCGCGGUUGUCAUCUUCACUGACAUCUAUGGCUUCGAGUUCUCCAACACCCGCCUGUGGGCCGACAGGCUGGCCAAGAAGGGCGGCUUCCUCGUCGUCAUCCCCGACUUCUUCAGGGGCGACGCCCUGACUGAUGCCACCCGCAACACCUCCGCUGUCUGGCGCACCCGCCACCCCAAGGACCGUGUGCUUAAGGACUUCACCGCCGUGCUGGCCGAGCUCAAGAAGGCCUACCCCUCGGUCAAGAAGAUCGGCCAGCAGGGCUUCUGCUGGGGCGGCGGCUACUCCGUGUGGCUCUCCGCCGCCGGCGCCCCCAAGAUUGCCGCCGCCGUCGGCUACCACAUCUCUGCCGUCACGGCCGCCGACAUCGACGCCAUCACCGGUCCCAUCAGCCUGCAGCAAUCCGACCCCGCGCUCGACAACUCGGUCAACGAGACGCUGUACGCAUACAUCGAGAAGACGUUCAAGGCCAAGCGCGCCAAGGGUAUCCCCGCCUACACCACUUUCUACAAGGGCUUCCCUCACGGCUUCUCCCUCCGCGGCAACCUGUCCGACCCUGCCUAUGCCAAGGCCGCCUCCACCGCGUUCUACGAGGGCGUCAAGUUCCUCAAGGCCCGCCUGCUGCCCCCCACCGACCCCAUCAGCCGCGUGGUCGCGCUGAAGAACAGCCUGCUGAAGUCGGCCCAGAGCGCGGUCGCGCAGGUCGUGGCGGCGCCCAAGGCGGCGGCGCCCAAGGCGGCUGCCCCCAAGGCGGAGGCGGCGGCCCCCAAGGCGGAGGCGGCUGCCCCCAAGGCGGAGGCGGCUGCCCCCAAGGCGGCAGCGGCUGCCCCCAAGGCGGAGGCGGCUGCCCCCAAGGCGGCGGCGGCGGAGGCGGAGGCGGCGCCCGCGACGAAGCCCUGA